UUGAGCUGAGUCGGUUGGUUAGGUUUGCGAGUGUCUGUUGUUGGAACUUUGCGCCCUCUUGGAAUCCAAUUCCCAAUUCCCCUCUUUGGCCGUUUCCUCACUCCCCAGGAUGUAACCUGGAUUCCACUCCCGGCCUCUUCUUAAUCGAGGUCCCUACAAAAACAUUUAUAAAUCUUUGGCCAAGAUUCUUCUCGGACUCCAGGUCAACAGCUGUGUGGAUCCAGAAUUGUAGCUAGCCUCCACUCCUCCAACCCGUGUGGCCAGAGGAGAGAAGAGGAAGAGCAUUGGGUUUGGGAGGAGACGAGAAGGCUUUCGAUGGGAAAGAACCUAAGAAUCAAGACCGCGGCGAGCAAUAGAGUCCCUUUGUUGAACCACGAGGAACCACCCAGCGGUGCGAUCUCAGAUCUUGAGCAUGGUGAUGCUGUUCAGGUGCUUUUUAUUCCCAACUACUUCUGUUUGCUCUUCGUUUUCUUGUGCUUUGCUUCAUACCUACUUGAUGAAAAUUAUACUAAGUCUGUUGCAAUGCAAACGGCAGCCGGCGAAUGUUGGAUUUUGUAGAGUUUUACGGCUGGCAAAACCUGAUGCAGGGAAGCUGGUUUUGGCCACGAUAGCAUUGUUGAUAGCAUCUACAACCAAUAUUUUGAUUCCAAAGUAUGGUGGAAAGAUUAUAGACAUUGUAUCAAGAGAUGUCCGAGAACCUGAACAACAAGCUGAAGCUUUAGAUGCUGUCAAGGAUACCAUAUUAGACAUUGUGCUGAUCGUUGUCAUAGGAUCAAUCUGCACUGCACUACGGGCAUGGUUGUUUAAUUCUGCCAGUGAAAGGGUGGUUGCUCGAUUGAGAAAAGACUUGUUUAGUCAUCUAAUAAAUCAAGAAAUAGCAUUUUAUGAUGUGACCCGAACAGGGGAGCUCCUAAGUAGACUAUCUGAAGAUACACAAAUUAUAAAAAAUGCAGCAACAACCAAUCUGUCGGAGGCCUUGCGUAAUAUUGCUACCACUGUUAUUGGUCUUUGUUUUAUGUUCUCAACGUCAUGGAAAUUAACAUUGUUGGCAUUUGUUAUUGUGCCGGCUAUAUCUGUUGCUGUGCGUAAGUUUGGGCGUUUUCUUCGUGAACUUUCUCAUAAAACUCAAGCUGCAGCAGCUGUAGCUUCAUCAAUAGCGGAGGAAUCUUUUGGAGCCAUACGCACAGUCAGGUCCUUUGCUCAAGAGGAUUAUGAAAUUUCACGCUACUCUGAGAAAGUAGAUGAAACAUUGAAGCUAGGUCUCAAACAGGCUAAAGUUGUUGGUCUUUUUUCUGGAGGACUCAAUGCAGCAUCAACAUUGUCGGUUGUCACUGUAGUGAUUUAUGGAGCUAACCUGACCAUCACUGGGUCUAUGACUACUGGUGCUCUUACAUCAUUCAUUCUUUACAGCCUUACAGUUGGUUCGUCAGUGUCUUCUCUAUCUGGAUUAUAUACAACAAUGAUGAAAGCUGCAGGUGCAAGCCGACGAGUUUUUCAGCUUCUUGAUCGUGUAUCCUCCAUGCCAAAAUCAGGAGAUACAUGCCCCCUUGGUGACCAAGAUGGAGAUGUUGAGCUGGAUGAUGUCUGGUUUGCUUAUCCUUCUCGCCCCACUCAUAUGGUGCUUAAGGGAAUUACAUUAAAGUUGAGGCCUGGCUCAAAGGUUGCCCUUGUUGGGCCAAGUGGUGGUGGAAAAACUACGAUAGCAAAUUUGAUUGAACGGUUCUAUGACCCUCUAAAGGGAAAGAUCUUACUAAACGGAGUUCCAUUGGUAGAAAUAUCACACAAGCAUCUACACAGACAGGUUAGCAUUGUUAGCCAGGAACCUGUCCUUUUUAACUGCUCCGUUGAAGAAAAUAUAGCAUACGGAUUUGAUGGCAAAGCCAGCAGUACUGACAUCGAAAAUGUUGCCAAAAUGGCAAAUGCACACGAAUUUGUAUCUAAAUUUCCUGAACAAUAUAUGACCCAUGUUGGGGAACGAGGGAUAAGACUUUCUGGUGGCCAGAAACAGAGAAUAGCCAUUGCAAGAGCUUUACUGAUGAAUCCACGGGUUCUUCUCUUGGAUGAAGCUACAAGUGCAUUGGAUGCAGAAAGUGAAUAUCUGGUUCAGGAUGCGAUGGAUUCUCUAAUGAAGGGAAGGACUGUUCUUGUCAUAGCACACAGGCUCUCGACUGUCAAGAGUGCAGACACUGUGGCUGUCAUUUCUGAUGGUCAGAUAGCCGAAAGUGGUUCUCACCACGAACUUCUGAGUAAAAAUGGCAUCUAUACUGCACUGGUGAGGAGGCAACUGCAGGGGCCUAGAUAUGAAUCUAGUGAAGCAACUGAUGAGCAGAAUUAACGACCAACUUGGUUUGUCCAUGCCUUAUCAAACAUCAAAACAAUAAACAUAAUUUGUUAAGCAACAUGCGUUAUACAGUAACCGUAUACGCUUAAGAAAUCUGUACUGUGGCACAUAUCAAUGUAAUAGUGCCUCAGGUUUACCGUUGGACGAUUUUUUUUUGUGCUACACUGCUUUUGAACCUGCCUUCUGCUGCA